UCUCCUCUGCGCACAACACACGAAGUGAACAAUAGUAAUCAUGGAAGAAUAGAAUCACUAACAAAAAGAGAGAUAUCAAAAAAAGGGGAAUCAAUCCCCCCAUUUCUCUCUCUCCUCUCUCCUCUCUCUAGACUCAGAAAGAAACUCUGUUCAGUAUUAUUCCCCCCCUCCCCCUCUCUCUCUAUAUCUCCCUGUCUGUCGUAUACUAUUCUCUGCAAAGAAAGCAGAAGCAUCUACAAACUGAUGCAUUCUUAGUUCUCACACAUUCUUUUGUAAGGUUCCCUUGUAAGGAACACCAAAGCUUCUUCUUCUGCUUCUCCUGUCUCCCUCUUUUCUUCCCAUUUCAUAUUCUCCCCGUGUGUGUGUGUUUGUGGAAAAUCAAAAUGGAUGAAGAGUUUCUAGAGACACCCUCAUCUGAUAGAGCACUUGAACAGGCGAUUGUGGCUUUAAAAAAGGGCGCACAUCUUUUGAAGUAUGGACGGAGAGGAAAACCCAAAUUUUGUCCUUUCAGGUUAUCCACGGAUGAGAAAUUUUUGAUCUGGUAUUCUGGUCAGGACGAAAAACAAUUGAGAUUAAGCUUGGUUACACAGAUUAUUCGAGGACAAAAGACUGUUAAUUUUCAGAGGCAACCUCAACCAGAAAGGGAAAGUCAGUCCUUUUCACUAGUCUAUAAAAAUGGUGAACGCUCUCUUGAUCUGAUAUGCAAGGACAAAGCGGAGGCUGAUUCUUGGUUUGUAGGCUUGAGAGCUGUAAUCUCCAGGUGUCACCAUCCUAAAUCAUUGGGAACUUUAAAAAUCCGAAGGGGGGCACUAUCUUGUGUCAAUAGUCCAGCAGGUUUUACGAGAAGAAAGCAUAAUCUAGGUCUUACAGAGGAGAUCACCAAAUAUUCGCAGGUGCACAGCGUGUGCGGGAGUCCAACUCAGUCACUUUCACAGAGGUGUUUGUCUGAUGGCUUAUCAUAUUCUUCAAAUAGCUUUUGUUUGGAAUCAAGUAUUUCGACAAUGCAAGCAGAUGUCUUAUUUCCAAAUUCUACAUAUAUUGAACCGGAUGAUCUCAAAAAGAGGGGAGCAAUAUAUGGUGGUGGAGAAAUCCAAACUAAUUCGCUUGGUCGGUUUGUGACACCGGCUCAUGGGUCACCGCAAAUAGAUAACAAUGUUCUUAGGGAUGUUUUGAUCUGGGGAGAAGGAAUAGAGGGAGGGUGUUUGGGAGGUGGAGUUGAUAAGUUUGCUAGCCACAAUGGAAUUGAAUUGGAUGCUUUUUCUCCGAAAUUGAUAGAUUCCACCAUGAAGCUAGAUGUGCAAAAAAUAUCUUUAGGAGCGAGGCAUGCUGCUAUAAUUACCAAACAGGGGGAAGUUUUUUGCUGGGGUGAGGAAAAGGGAGGAAGGCUUGGGCAUAAAGUCAAUAUGGAUGUCACCUGUCCAAAAAUUGUUGACUCCCUUACCGGGGCCCAUGUAAAAUCAGUUGCCUGUGGUGAAUAUCAAACGUGUGCUGUGACACUUUCCGGUGAACUUUAUACAUGGGGUGACAGUUCUGGCUCUGAUUUAAACAGUGGGUAUAGAAACCGGAACCAGUGGAUACCACAGAAACUAUCUGGUCCUUUGGAUGGUAUAAGUAUAUCAACUGUUGCUUGUGGGGAAUGGCAUAUGGCAAUUGUGUCCACCACUGGACAGUUAUUUACUUAUGGCGACGGAACUUUUGGGGUGCUUGGACAUGGAAAUACUCAAAGCAUUUCUCAACCAAAGGAAGUUGAGUCUCUCAAGGGUUUAUGGGUAAAAUCCGUUGCAUGUGCACCAUGGCAUACAGCCGCAAUUGUAGAAGUCAUGGUUGAACGCUCCAAGUUCAAGGAUCCAGGUGGGAAAAUGUUUACUUGGGGAGAUGGGGAUAAGGGAAGGCUUGGUCAUGCUAAUCAAGAGAGGAAGCUCUUACCAACAUGUGUUGCACAACUUGUGGAUCAUGAUUUUGUUCGAGUUUCCUGUGGAAGAAUGUUGACUGUUGGACUAACUAAUAUGGGUAUUGUUUAUACAAUGGGAAGUGCAGUUCACGGGCAGCUGGGGAAUCCACAUGCCAAAGAUAAAUCAAUCACAAUAGUGCAGGGGAAGCUUAAAGAUGAGUUUGUUAGGGACAUUUCAUCGGGGUCUUAUCAUGUCGCUGUCUACACAUCGCGCGGCCGUGUUUAUUCGUGGGGAAAAGGUGGGAAUGGACAAUUAGGAUUAGGAGACAAUGUAGAUAGAGAUUCUCCGACCUUAGUUGAGGCCUUGAGAGGUAGACAAGUAGAAAGUAUAACUUGUGGAUCAAAUUCUACAGCUGCAAUUUGUUUACAUAAAUCUAUCUCUAGUAUAGAUCAAGCAGCUUGUAAAGGAUGUAGUGUGUCUUUUGGAUUUACAAGGAAAAAGCAUAACUGUUAUAAUUGUGGUCUUUCAUUCUGCCAUGCAUGUAGUAGCAAUAAGGUUGCAAAUGCAUCUCUGGCACCAAACAAAAGCAAGCCUUUUCGUGUCUGUGACCAGUGCUUUAACCAACUGCAGAGGAUUACGCAUUCAGUUAGAGUGUCAAAGCUCGAAAGUCUUAGUCCAAGACCAUUAUCGACCACAUAUAAGGCACUCACUGACAAGAAAGAAGACUGGGGUGAUGCAAAUACCAAAGAGAGUCAAGUGAUGUCAACGGGAAAAUCUUGUGUUGAGGAUAAAAAAUGCCGUGAAGGGAAGACCAUGAAAAACCAAAGGGAAAAUAAGCAGCCUUUAGACCUAAAUUCAUCUUUGUUGCUUGGGUUGCCAAGGUGGGGGCAGGUCCCAUGCCAUGAAUUAUUCAAAACAGACUGUAGAGAACACACAGUGGCCCAUGUUUUAAGAAAUCAAGUAUCUUCCCUUCCUCCAGUUUGUUUUCAAGAGAUCCCACUGGGAUCAAAAUGUACUUCCACUCCCUUGAAUGUGGAGGAAGGCAUAUCAGAGUCAAAUAAGAUGCUCACUGAAGAAGUUCAGAAAUUAAGAGCUGAGGCUGCGAGUCUUGAAAAGUUGUGUCAAACAAGAAGACAGAAAAUUCAAGAAUGUCAACAAAGAAUUGAGGAAACUUGGUCGCUAGCAAAGGAGGAAGCUGCCAAGUGUAAAGCAGCAAAAGAUGUUAUAAAAGCCUUGACAUUAAGGCUUCACACAAUGUCGGAGAAUAUAUCUACUGUAAGAGAAGUGAAUGGUCAAGUUAAUGCGAGUCUGCCUCACGUCACAUCCAUACAUAAAGAGAGUCUGGCUGUCAAGGGCGUGAACCGUAUGUUUGUCGCUACAGAAUUGCCUCCUGAAGUUGGACUGCCAGAAGACAGAAGAGUCGGUAGUCUGUGUAGUACUCCUGUCAUGUUCUCUGAUAAAUUACAAUCUACGCGUGAUGGAGACAUGUACCAUGCCGAGACUACAUCAGCGGAGGAAUCAAGUGGCCGAAGAACACAGAAAAAAAAUGGAAUCAAAGCGUUGAAUGUGGAAUGGGUAGAACAGUAUGAACCUGGUGUAUACAUCACAUUCAAAACAUUGCCUACUGGGCAGAAGAGUCUCAAGCGAGUGAGGUUCAGUCGAAAGAAAUUCACUAAUAAGGAAGCAGAGCGAUGGUGGGAAGAAAAACAGCAAGAAGUUUACGAGAAGUAUGACAUUGAAUGACAUUGAAGGAUACCGAAAAGCUUGAACCAGGAUAAAGAUGAAAGACUAAACUUUUCUUCUUAGCUAGUCACAAUGGUUUCAUGCUGCACCACCACCCCCUUAAUUCAGUGUAAAGAUGGUUUCUUCUUUUGAGAUUAUCACAUGUGACGAUGGUCUCGUACAGUCUUGCAGCUAGGUGGUGGAUUAUCAGACAUUUUACGACGAACAAGUGAUUGCAGAGAAGUGUGGUUUUUUCUUUUUUUUUUCUUUCUGCAUUUGGUAUUUUAUUCAUAUGAAAUCGCUUGCCUGCACCAUCGGUUGUAUAGUUUAUCAAUGAGCAAGUUAUCAACAAGAAGUAGCAUAUUUCUUUCUCAA